GUCAAAUCUGGUUCAAACAAGUUUGAGGCAGCAGCUUGAAGGAGCAUUUAAAAGAAGGAAAACAGAAGCGCUCACCACUCAGUUCUCUGACAGCAUCUCUGACACACUAGAAACUCCACUUGGCUCUGGUCAUUUGUAAAAAUGCAAAAGAAAUUUCAUAAUGACGGCUUGGAUACAUGGGAGCCUAUUGGUCAAGGAGGGUUCGGUAGUGUCUACAAAGUCAAAGCCGUGAACAUGGGACACGAUGUGGCCAUCAAGUUGAUUCACCAAGGAAAUGAUAUGGAUGCGGAAGUGAAGAAGGAGGCUAAUUAUCUUAAACUGCUGUCCUGUAACUUUGUCCUGUCAAUCUAUGGAAUGUAUGAGGGAAUCCCACCUUUUGGACGAAAUAAACAAAUGGGAAUGGUGAUGGAGUUCAUGAAGAGAGGAUCUGUUGAGACUCUUUGGAAAAAAUUGUCAGGUCCUCCGCCAUUUCCACUGGCCUGCCGUUUGAUCCAUGAAGUGGCCAUUGGAAUGAAUUUCCUCCAUUCUCUGGGUAUCCUGCACCGUGACCUAAAACCCCAGAACGUAAUGCUGUCUGAUGAACUUCAUGCUAGGCUGGCAGACUUUGGUCUGUGCACCGAAUCCAUAUCUUUCAAUCCCAGCAAUCAAGAAGCAACAGACAAUGCAGGCACAGUGAAGUACAUGCCACCUGAAGCUUUUGAUCUAAACUAUAAACCUAGUCGUGCUUUUGACAGAUACAGCUUUGCUAUUCUUGUCUGGUCCACCCUCUCUGGAAAAGAACCUUAUGAAGGCAUUCCUGCAGACUUGGUGGAAGUAAAAGUUCCUAUGGGUCAAAGACCUUCUCUUGAUGACUUAUCAAAGAUAAAUACAGAGGGAAUGAAAGAUCUGCUAGAUCUCAUGCAGAAGUGCUGGAAAGAAGAUCCAAAGGAGAGACCAACAUUUAAUGAGUGUAUUGGCUGCACUGAGACGGUGCUCCCAAUGCAUGAGCGAGAAAUUAACAAGGUGGUCUAUCAGGUUUUGGAUAAACUGGACUGGAAUGUCAAUUUGCCUUAAUCUAAGACAGCUCCAUAGGAUAACAAACCAGAUUGGCUUGCAUUGCUUCACAAUUUUCAGGAACCUUGAAAAUGCACUUUUGUUCCAGAUCAUGCUUAAAAAGAUUUUUUUGCAUAACAUUAUUUUCUUUACCUUUGUACACACUAGUGAAGAAACUUUGCAUGUUUUGCUUAUGUUAUUAAAAUAUUCCAGAUAGAACUUUCUUUUUUCUUCCUGGUGACAAAUUCCAGUAAUUUUGAGUACUCUGGAGAUGUGGAGAAAAGCGUCAGAGCAUUUCUAACUCUUUCUCUUCAACAUCAUUCUUUUCAUCAAUUCAGUGACCCCCCCCCCCCCCCCCCUAUUUAUGUAUAUUUGUUCAGAGCAAAUGAGUUGUAAUAUUUGUGGUUUCAGUAGACCAAGCAGGAAUCCAAAAGGUUACCCACUGUUGUUUUCAUGAUUGUCACCAGUCAUAGAAGCGUGCAUAAAAAAACCCCGUAAUACUAGAAAUAAAAUAAGUUUAAAAUAAAUUGUGGUUGACCAUUGGUACAUUAUUCCAAUAGCUCUUUUUGCUGCAUACCUGUCUUUCUUUUUUAUUUACACUAUUUCACCUUUUUUGUAAUUUGCAUAGGUGUAUGGUCUAAUGUUUACAAAUAUUAUCGACCAUAAUACUGAUCCCGUCUUUGCCUGUUUUUUUUAAGACAGCUGUGCAAUAAGGCAAAAAAUGCUUCUUUUCUUUUUAGAUAUGAUAUGUAAAUUAAACUGUACACUUCAAA